GAGGAAGAGGAGGAGCUGAAGAUGGAGGAAGAGGAGGUGUCCUACUCAGCGGAGACCAGAGGAGAGGAGCGGCCGCCAUGUUAACCAAGAAGCCCGGAGCCUCGGUCCUCCCGACGGGCAAAUCGGGCGAGCCGGUCUGCUCUCCUGGUCACAGUGGCUCUCAGACAACAUCGCCCGUCGCCCUGCCGCCACUGCGCAACAACAACCACAACCCCCUGACGGGAGGUUCUAAGGCCGCCAUGUCGGACGGCAUCCAGCACCAGAUCCAGAUCACCCAGCUGUACGAGGAGAACUCCAACAAACGUUCGGUCCUCACCACCCAGCCCAACGGCCUGGCUCCGCUCGGCUCGGCCCGGCCAGGCCUGCCGCUCCCAGACCGACUGACCUCCACAUCGGAUUCCGCCCACCACGGCCGCCAGGGCAGCGCCACCUCCAACAAGUCGGCGGACAGCAAGAUGAAGCCCAUCCCCAUGACGCCCGAGAUGGCCAUGAAGCAGUUCAUGUCCAAGCUGUCUGCGUUCGAACAUCACGAGGUCUUCAACUUCCCUGAAGUAUAUUUCGUCGGCCAGAACGCGAAGAAGAGGUCGGGCGUUCUGGGCGGCGCUAACAACGGCGGCUACGAUGACGACCAGGGGUCCUACAUCCAGGUGCCACACGACCACAUCGCUUACCGCUACGAGGUCCUGAAGGUGAUCGGGAAAGGCAGCUUUGGACAGGUGGUAAAAGCCUUCGACCAUAAAACUCUGACCCAUGUCGCUCUGAAGAUGGUCCGGAACGAGAAGCGCUUCCACCGGCAGGCCGCGGAGGAGAUCCGCAUCCUAGAGCACCUGAGGAAGCAGGACAAGGAGUCGAACAUGAACGUCAUCCACAUGCUGGAGCACUUCAACUUCCGGAACCACAUCUGUAUGACCUUCGAGCUGCUCAGCAUGAACCUCUACGAGCUCAUCAAGAAGAACAAAUUCCAGGGCUUCAGCCUCCCGCUGGUCAGGAAGUUCGCCCACUCCAUUCUCCAGUGUCUGGACGCGCUGCACAAGAACCGCAUCAUCCACUGCGACCUCAAACCUGAGAACAUUUUGCUCAAGCAGCAGGGACGCAGCGGCAUCAAGGUCAUAGACUUCGGCUCCAGCUGCUACGAACACCAGAGGGUUUACACUUACAUCCAGUCCAGGUUCUACAGAGCGCCAGAAGUGAUUCUAGGUUCCAGGUAUGGGAUGCCAAUCGACAUGUGGUCCCUGGGCUGCAUCCUGGCUGAACUGCUGACCGGUUACCCACUGCUACCGGGUGAAGACGAAUCCGACCAGCUGGCCUGCAUCAUCGAACUACUGGGCAUGCCCAGUCCGAAGGUCCUAGAUGGCGCCAAGCGAGCCAAGAACUUUGUGUCAUCUAAAGGCUACCCGCGUUACUGCACCGUCACCACCAUGCCUGACGGCACCACAGUCCUAAACGGAGGACGCUCGAGGCGUGGAAAGACACGCGGACCGCCGGGCAGCAAGGACUGGAGCGCCGCUUUGAAGGGCUGCGACGACCCCCUUUUUCUGGACUUUCUUAAACAGUGUCUUGAAUGGGACCCGGCGCUCAGGAUGACACCGAGCCAGGCGCUGCGCCACUCCUGGCUCAGGAGGCGACUUCCCAAACCUCCAUCUGGAACCACAGCUGGAGACAAACCCUCCUCUACUAAGCGAGGCACCACAGACGGUGCCAUCACCUCCCUCUCCAAACAUGCGCCCACCUCCUCUACCACCACCACCUCCUCUACCAAGACUAGGACUAAUUUGGCAGCCAUCACUGACGCCAACGGAAACAUCCAGCCGAGGACGGUUCUGCCCAAACUGGUCAGCUGAGAGUGAUUACACCCCACUGAGAGGGGUGGUGGGGUGAAAGCAGAGUUCACGAGCAACAAGCUAGACCUGAAUUAAACUGGUCCAUCCAGUUUGGAAGCGUAUUCUGGUAUUUAUUGCUUUGCUGGGCUGCGUUCAAGUGAAGUGCAGUCAGAGGCAUCCUAACGUUGGAUUAUUUAACAGACCAGAGGCCAUGCUGGGUGUUACUGACACAAGGAACCAUGGAUGCAUUCAGACGCCUCAGAUUCAUCAUGUCCGAUGGAAUGAGAUGUUUUGAAGUUGAGCAAAAAGACAAUCGUAACGCAUCACUCUGCUCUGUAGCUCCAAACUCACAAAGAAAACACAUGAAACCAUGGUGCUGAUGGAGGGAACAACCUUUUUAGAAUAUUUUAUAACAAGCUUUUUAGCCGAGUCAUAAAAUCCGUUUUACACCAAAAAUAAUUUCAGUGACUGCAGUCUUACAAGUUUCUAUCUACACUUUUUUUAUGAACCGAUUCAAGUGUCGUUUUAUCUCAAAACUACACCUGGUUUUUGGUUCAUUUUACUUUAGGCGUACAGUUAGAAAAUGAUCGUUAUUAAAUCCAAAUCACUGCAACAAAACUUCCUAAACCCCGAUUGUUUAACAGCUACCCGUUAGCUGGCUGACAGAAUUAUCUAGCCCGUUUUAUAUCGUAUUAACUAGCUAGCCAUGUUAGCAUGCUAGCAUAGUGCCUGUUAGCUGGCUAACUGUUAACUAGCACCGAUUGAGUUGGUAACGGCUAUAUAUUGUUGUAUAGCUUUACAAUUACUGACUAUAUUUGAUGUUUCUAGCUAGCAGUUAGCCUAGCAUACAUAAAUGAGUUGGCUAACUGUAGCUAGCUCAACGUUUGCCUUCUUUAUCAGUCUGUUGGCUAGCCUUAGCCGUUAUAGCCAUAGCGUGUCAGCUCUCCACUGCCCGGCCUUAUCAUCCUCAGACAAAAAGUUUCUACUUUCCAUAGUUUAGUGUUUGUUCAUCCGUUUAAGGAGCAGCAGAACCGCCUGCAGAGUUUGGUUGUGUUUACAAGAACCGGCCUGUUCCCUCCCUGUGAAACCAAAUAUGAAUACAUUUUAUGGGAACAAGCAGGCUGAUGGUGCAGGAACGUUAGAAUGGAAAAUCAGUGUGGUUUACAAAGAGUUAAAAUAACCGCCUCCAAUGGAAAAAGAAAAGAACAAUCUGAAGGACAAAAAAAAUUGAAGUAUAGUAAAAUCAGAAGAUUCAGCUUCUGUUUUAAUGUGAAAAAACAUGUUUUUAGAAAGCUAAAUAUUAACUGCAGGAAAAGAUGUUUAUGUGGAUUUUAAAUGGGACCUUUUAUAAUUUGGCCCAAUCAGAUUUUUUCUUUUUUUUAAUCCUAUAUUAAAUUUUCAGAUCAUCAAACAUUCAUAUCUGACCAAGAUAAUUUGAAAAUAAACAGGCUUUAGGCCUUUGUGUCCUUUUGGGUCAGCAGCGGUUUUGGUUUUUAACUUCUCCCACUGACGUCAUUUUGACGCAGUCCUUUUGUUGAUUCAUGACCUUUGACCUUAUCCAUUUCUGGGAUCUUAUUGAACGUCUUGAUGAUCUGAAAUAUUUAAUUCUAAGGAUAAUCAAAAAGAAAAAGACAUCUGUCAGAGUGCAGGAACGUUCUCCAGUCAUUAUACAUAAGUGACUAAAGCGUUGAAAAUUAAAGUUUUUUUAGUACUGUAACUCUGGUUAACCAAAGGCCAAUGGGAUUGAUUUAAUCCCAUUAAAAGCUUGAUUAUAAUUGGAAAACUGCUCAUUUUUACUGAAAAUGAGCAAACAUUGUAAUUGGAGAACUUAAAGAACAUUAAAGAACUGAAAGAUUUUAAGGAGUUUUGAAUACACUGUAUUAAGAUUUUAGUUUUUGGUUCAAUGAAGUAUAAUUACUUUAAAGUCCUAGAAUAGAAAUACAACAGGUGAAGCAGCCUCGUUAAAUCUGGUCAGGUCAGACAGAAAACAAUGGAGUAUAUUCCUUUAAAAUCUACUAAUUAAAUGAUGUCAAACACACCUUAGUCUUCAUUUUUAUGGUAAAUUGUUUUUUAAUUAACAAAUAUUGUGAGCAAACAUAAAAAUGAAAUCUGUUGCUGCACAGAAAAUAAUGCAGCUCCUAUUGUAUAAAAGUACCAACCUGGAGGUUAGACAGCUGUCAGACCUUUGAUUAUAGAGACUUUCUAAUGCAAAAUAAUAAUAAAAAACUGACAGUAAAUCAAAGUUUAAAGCAAAUCUGUGUUAAAUAUAAACUGAUUAUUAUGCCCAGACAGUCAGACCCAUGUAUGGAAUGCCUUUUAAUCAAAAUGCUUUUUAAAAGAAAGAAAAUCAUCAUCAUCUUCUUCUCUUUUUUUUAAUCCAUAGAUAUAUUUUUUUAUGUAAUUUCUUUUGUUUUCCAUAAUUUAAUUUUAAGGAAAAGACCAAGUCUGCUGAUUUUUACUUUAAAGCUGCUCCAGUUUAGUCCCACAGAGAAUAUUGGAUGUAACUGGAAUAAAAUAAGAUCUGAAAUUUAAUCUUACAGCUUUAUUCAUGUUUUUCGAAAAGUAUUUUUUAGGUGCCAAAAAAAUCCUUAUAUCCUUAUUUGUUUUAUUCUAUUUACCCGCAUAUUUUAGACAGACUUAGUUUAUAAAUACAAAUAUCAAACGGUCGUAUUUGUAGUCAUCUAAAGGCGCCCUAUUUCUACCCCAGCUUUAAAUCACUAAAGUUAAGUUUAGCCUCUUAUGCCAGUGAAUGAAAAGGUUUCAAUUAAAGAAACCUCUUUAAGAGGAAACCUUAUUUAAAGAAAAUUAAAGACACCCAUCUGGUUACUUUAAGUGUCUCACGUUGCAGCUAACCCCUAUUCUAGACAAACAUGCAGCCACCAGUGAAGAUAACGCCCCUUUAAAAUGGGAUGUAACCCCCAGCCAAAGCAGACUCACAGUGAUAUAAUCAGCAUAUUUUAUUUAAAGGGUUACAUUUUGAUUAAAAUAGCAUUCCAUACAAAUCCCACCAGUUUAUUUUAUACUGAUGCAAUGUGUUGGCAAUUUUCACAUUUAAAUAACUGGAUAAACAUGUGGUAUCAAUAACAACUUGGUUCCCAUUGGUUUUGGGGCCUUUAGCUCGUUUCUGGUUCUGCCUGAAUUUGAAUUUACAUGAAGAAACUAAAUGUCCAGAUCAGGCUGGUCGGCUCCAUAGAUCGGCCACCGGAGCAUUAAUGAAACAAUAGAUCUGUGAUCAAACUUUAACCCUGAUCUUUGUGAUCAGCUGUAUGCAUCGGUCCGAGCGAUCAGGAAGGGCCGAUAGGUUAGGAGAUUUAAUUUAUUUGUCUCAUUUUAAUAUUUAAAAGUCUAAUCUACGGUAUGUAAUUACAGUGAUGUGCAGUUUUUACUGUAUACUUGAAUGUGUGAGUGUUUGUUGCAGGACGUGAGUGUGCGAUAUUCAAAGGUUUCCUCAAAGCUUGUUCCCUUACACACACAGUUCGAUUAAAGCACGCAAAAACUGUUCUUGAACGCACCCUGACGAUAAAGUCGCAUGAGGAGGUGGAGGAUGAAGACUGUGACGAUGAGGAGGAGGUCGAUGUUCCCAAGAUUGGCUGAAAGUGGUUGUGAUUGUCGACAAAAUGUAGCACCCGGGAAGAAAAAGGACAAAUGCGUUGAUGCACAGGAGGAACUGAUGACGAACAUUAUGCAGAUGCUACAUGCUCCGCCCAUCUCAGGGGAAGCUCCGCCCCUCCAGGUGCAGGAGGAGGAAAACUAGAAAAUGUUUUUGUUUUGAUAAGUUUAGUUGAUUUUAUGUUUAGUGUUUUUCAAUUUUUUUUUUCUUUUGUGAGACAGAGUGCUGAGAGUGGUAACUUUGUGCCUUCAGUAUCUAAACGCCAUGUCACGCCCUCCCAACACACGCACCAUUACAGUGUCAUCGAAUUCACUGCUAAAAUUUAGUCCUAACCGUAAUCCGGUUAGGGAACCAAUGCCAAGUCCUUCUCUAAAUGAACAUUAGAAAAAAAAUAUGUUUUUCUCCAUGAUGGUGUUUUAUCUGCGUCAUAUUUAACUGUCUUUGUAAAAUUCAGGAAUUCAUGCUAUGAUUUAGCAAAUUUGCUAGGUCUUUUUUGAUGCGCUGACUACAGAUUAAACAUUAUUGUAUUAUAAAUUAUUUCAUCAUUUGGUGCCAAAAAGUUGCUUUCCAUUUUUCACUAAAGUUUUGGAUUUGGGAAUAAGCCUCAUCAGACUGUGUCUUUGCUAUGGAUGAGUGACCUCGCUAAUAACUGUUAGCAUUAAAAAGGCUAUUUAAAAACGGAGUGAGAAAAUAUUAAAAUCAUAAUAUUUAAAAAAAAAA